AUCAGACAGUCAGAGCCGGCGGGCGUGUGAGAUGACAUGAUAGUGUCCCACCGGGCCGGAGCCUGAGUGCAGUAGUAGUAAGAGUAUCGUGCGAAUCUCAGAGCAUAAGAUAGUGUGUGUUUAGUUCCCCGGAACCAGUUCCAUCAUCUCCCAGUGUGCCGCCGCUCGAUCGUGGUCGUGGUGGUGUCUGAGAGACAAUUUAAAUUCAAUUCCAACCUCUCCAAUGUUCAUCCAACAUUAGCCGUCAGGCCGGUUUAGCAGCAGCACUAGCAGCAGCAGAUCAGCUUCGUAGCGCAGAGCGGCGCACCGUUGCAUUCACUCGUGUCCGAGAUUUGAAGGUGUUCAGUUCAAGUACUUCAGUCGAGCCGUGCGGUUCGCUUCCACCACUUACUGUCCAGAAAAAGGGGGUUCGAGUGUAGAGUAACUUAUUCGUUUUAGCUAACUUAUUGCGUUUGCCGUUAAAUUACCGACAACAUGAAGGUGCUAGUCGUUCUAUCCGCUGUGCUGUGCGUUGCGCUGGCUAAGGAUCAACCGAAGAAAGCCAUCGUGUACCUGAAUGGUAAAGCCGGUGUGACCGGUAACGUGACAAUCUCGCAGCCCUCGUGCACCGAACCCGUGUUCAUCGAGAUUAAUGCCGUGGGACUGGCGCCAGGCAAGCAUGGUUUCCACAUUCACGAGAAGGGAGAUCUGACCGACGGAUGUGCCAGCACCGGUGGCCAUUACAACCCGGACAAGGUUAGCCACGGUGCACCGAACGAUCAGGUGCGUCACGUUGGAGAUCUGGGCAACAUUGUGGCCGACGAGAACGGUAUUGCCAAGACGUCGUACUCCGAUACCGUCGUCUCGCUGUACGGUGCCCGCAGUGUGAUCGGCCGUGCGAUCGUCAUUCACGCCGAAGUUGACGAUCUGGGAAAAACCAACCAUCCGGACUCGCUGAAAACCGGAAACGCCGGUGGACGCGUCGCCUGCGGUGUGAUCGGAAUUCUUGCCCCGUUCGAGGAGGCCGAGGAAGAAUGUAGCAGCGGCCAACCGGCGUUAGUCUUUCCGGCGGUCACGAUAUUCGCGUCAUUCUGCGCCGCUCGCAUGCUGGUCGACUAAGAGCCAGAGUGCGUACGUAAGGCGAACGAUUAAUUAUGGGUUUGUGGAGAUAAUCUACGACGACGGUGGUGCGUACACCGACAGAGACCGGUGGUGUGUGCCUAGCAGCGUGGGCAGUUCAUCGAACUCGUUUUCUUGCACUUCGCCUCGUCUUACCCCUUGCAGCGUUAGCUUUCCCCCAAGAACGACCGGAGACAUCCAGCGAGCCCACCACAACGAGCAACAUCGUGCCUUGCCCUUUGGUUCUCGGGUUUCUUCACUAUUUCUCCUUGGAGCGGAGGAAGUGUAAAGGAAUCUAACAAUAGAAAAUUGGCUAGUAUAUAACACCGGUACCUAGGGACUGAGAAAGGCGUACCAACGAGCGCUCUGGGUGAAGUAAAGCGUUUCCUCCCCGAAAAUUCUACCCCGUAAGCACUUCUUCGCGUGGAAAGCUCGUUUUCCUUCGCGCUCCAGCUUAAUGAUCCCCGGACAAAGAGGCGAUUGACAUCUUCUAACCCACCUCCACCACCGAAAGACUCUCUCAAACUGCGAAGAGGUCCGAGAAGGAGUUGCUCUACCGAUUUUUGUUUUGUUUUUUGUGUAUUGUUAAGUGCGUUUUUGUGUAAAUAAAGUUGUUCUACUGAAUUCGGCCACCGUUGCUGUUGCGCAGACGUGAGCCACCACAUGGAA